AUGUAUGUUGUGACAGAUAAGACUGAAAAGUUGUUCAGUGCUAUUAUUAUAUUUGCCAAAAUGGUUAAAAUGGCAGGAGAAGAUUACUUAAACUUGAAUAUAAACUCCAGCAUUGAAGAGAUAUGUACAAAAUCAAAUGAUGUAAUAGAUCAAGAUAUUUUUACAGAUGAAUUUUCUUUGGGAGCAAUGUUUUAUCUAAAAGAUAAAAUAUCGGAUAAAUUAAUAUCAUCACAAGUAUUUCAUAUACAAUAUUUAAUAGAUAAUCUAAAAACCAAUAUUGAAUAUUGCCUUUCUCAUUAUGAAGAUGUUAAUAAAAAAGCCGGAAUUACUUAUCAAGAAGCAUUUAGAAACAUUAAUGCAAUCAAAUUUAGAUUGUUUCAAGAGUUACACUCAAGAAAGAUCACCUUAUUAGUACAUACUAUAUUCCUUGUUCCGUGGCAACUUUUUCAACUACUUGAAAGUGACUUUAAUUAUAGUAUCGAAAUUUUUACAUACAUUAUUUUCUUCAACUACAUUCUCUCUCUCUCUCAUCGUCUACCUGUCCACCUACUCAUUUAUCUAUCAAUCGAAUUUUCAGUCAUUCCACUACGUGGUUGUUCAAUCGACAUUCAUCCAAAUGCUCGAUGGAAACAGAAUGGUCUCACUGUAGCUGGAGGAAAUGGACAAGGCAAUGGAAUCAAUCAACUCUCGAAUCCAUGGGGUUUGUAUGUUGAUGAUGAUCAAACUGUCUAUAUCACUGAUUCAGGCAAUCACCGUAUUGUAGAACGGAAAUCGUGUGCGACGAAUGGCCAAGUGGUUGCCGGUGGAAAUGAAGAAGGAAGUGAGGCUCAUCAAUUGUCUUACCCAAGAGAUGUGAUUGUCGACAAAGAGAGAGAUAGUCUCAUCAUCUGCGAUCGUUCAAAUCAAAGAGUGGUUCGAUGGUCUCGCCGAAAUGGGACAAGUAGAGAAACGAUCAUCUCGAAUGUCACUUGUGUCGGUUUAACAAUGGACGAGAAUGGAUCUCUCUAUGUCGUUAACGUUGGAAACAAUGAAGUGAGACGAUAUCGAAGAGGAGAAUCUCAAGGAACAGUGGUUGCAGGUGGCAAUGGGCGCGGAAAGCGUCUCGAUCAACUCUUUUCCCCAUACUACGUAUUCGUCGAUCCAGAUCAUUCGGUGUACGUAUCUGAUUGGGGAAAUUAUCGUGCGAUGAAAUGGAUGGAAGGUGCAAAAGAAGGCAUUGUCGUGGCCGAUGGUGAAGGCAAAGUAAAUGGCCUUACACAAUUGUCACAUCCUCGAGGAGUCGUUGUCGAUCAAUUGGGCACUGUCUAUGUGGCUGACCGAGUGAAUCAUCGAAUCAUGCGUUGGCCAAAAGGAGCCACAGAGAGAAGUGUGAUUGUGGGUGGAAACGGUGAAGGAGGACAAUCGAACCAGCUCAAUGGGCCCUUCGGUUUAUCAUUCGAUCGAUAUGGUAAUCUCUAUGUUGUCGAUAAGGAAAAUCAUCGAGUACAAAAAUUCAAUAUUGAAUUCAAUGGAUAA